UUCUCAACAUCUCUUCCGCAACGAGGCAACUUAUUGAUCUCUUUGAAGUGGCGUAUGCUAUGCUAUGGUAUUGUAUGGUAUGUAGUGCAUGGGAUGACUCCCUGAACUCAAGCAAAUUAAAAUAUCCCGUAUGAAAAAAAUGCCGUGCGAAAGUUUCGCUCCGAGUUUAUUCGGCAAGCAUUUCUUUUCAGCUGUUGCACUUACUUGCAUGCUUGAUUUUUUCUAUUAAAACGAAGAUGUUUCCCCUCCUCAAAUCUGUAGUCUCUCUUCAGUUUGCUUCUUGGCUGGCGCAUUACACUUAGCAUUUGGCUCCCGAUCUUCAAUCUUUAUUCGAAUUAUAUACCCAUACCUACCUUCCAUACCUACCUAUAGGUCAACCCAGAAGUACUACAUCAUCAGCCUUUCCACACGGCAGAUUCAACAUGUCAACUACCAGCAAGGACUCUAUCAUGGCCCUGCAUGGCUCUGUCACUUCCGAGUUAGUUCAUACUCUUUUCUGCAUUGUCUCUCAUUUUGUUAUCAACUGCAUGAGUCACACACCCAGUGUCAGACUUGAGGCUUUUGCACUGAUCAUAGAUGGCAAGAUUCAGAAACCAAGUUCAGACUAUGGUCUCCAGCCUCGUACUGUCUGGCCUCAUCAACUAUGCCAAUUUCUCAAAGUGUUGUGGAUAUCCGUGGAUAUGCUGUACCUUAUCCUCUUUCCAACUUCCCAACUUGUCUCUUCUUUCAGCAUGCGUACUUCUUUAGAUCAUUUCAAGUUCUUCAUGAGCCUUUGGUUUUGAUUCAACAUCUCUCCAUCCUUCGCCACAUAACUAUAGCACCAUAACUCAUUCACUUCUUCUCAAAAGUUCUUUUUAAUACAUCAUCAGUCUAACUUUAUCACUCUGCUCAGUACAAAGAACUCUUCCUCUUCCACUUCACUUGAGUCUUCCUCGAUCCAUUCCACCACGACCGAUAAAUCAUCUCUCCAUGCAUAUAGCAUUCAACAAUAUAUUGCAGACAAUGUCCACUAUGUCCCAUACAAAUCUACCGUCAACGCUACACAUAACCCUCAGACUCAGGUCGCCACAGCAGCCGAAGCAGGGCAUCGAAUGAGUAUCAAAUUGCAAGAGUUUGAUAAAAAGUUCCAGGGAGGCAGUGAUGGUAGUGAGUAAAUCUUGAGAGCAAUAGACUCUCAAUUUGCAUCUCAACCCCGGUUGUCAGGUGAUCAGAGUGGUGGGGCUCUUGAGCGCGCCGGCGAGGAGGGACGAAAGGAUCGAAGUAGGAGGAGAUGGGUAUGAGAUCUGCUUGGAGUUUCGUUGGUGUUCGAAUCAUUUAUAAAAACCUUACUUUCAAAUAAUGACAAUUUAAUUACGGCAUGG